AUGAAGGCCCAUCUACGGUCCAACGCCAUUGUUCUUCUUCUUUUUUAUCUGAACACAGUCGCUGCCAGGCGUGGCGGAGGUUCCUGGGGAGGUUCUGGUGGAGGGCCUGGUGGUGGCUCGAGUGGCGGGGGCGGAUCUGGAGAAGGCAGUGGAGGCAGUGGAGGUGGCACAGCCGAAACCCGCCCCCCCCCCCCGGAUUUAAUCCAUGGUCUUACCAGAAUAAUGUUAACUGAACGAGAAAUUGUUUACGGUAUCCCAGGGUUAUACUACAAUGGCACCUUAACAGUGCAGCACCACAUUACGAAUAGCUCGUCCUGGCUAGAUAAAGGCCCCGGAGCCUGUGGUAUGGCUGAUGAUGAGCCCAACACAUAUAAAUACCCAGCUCUCUUUUUGGUCGCCCCGACAGGAAACAAAACAGAUACAAAUCCUUUCCAUUGGAGACUAUUCGGGUUCCAGCCAGCCGACCAGACUCUGGGGGCCACCGGGUCCUACAUUGACAUUUACCAACGAUGGGUACAUCUUAGAUCGAGCGAUUUUGUUGUUUCUGGAACACCAUACGGUGGCACCUAUUUCUAUGAUACCUCAAUAGGUCGCUAUACACUUUCAGAUGCCACAGACCGUCAUAGAAACACCACCGCCUAUUGGUCGACCAAAAUCACCAAUUCCGACAUUGAGAAUAUCUCUGCCCGCGCCGUCUACAAGACAAAACCGCCGCUGCUUGACAUAGAUCCGGACACUAAUAGGGUUGAUCCCGCCUCGAGCCAGUACAUAACCUUUAGCGACGUGUGUGCUUGGAACGCAGAACUUCCAUCCCAGGAGUAUAAAACACUUCAACGCAGUAAUUCUUCCACCAAUGAUCACAUUAACACGACGACGCCUACAGUUUGGCUGGAGCCUGGUGCCGUGGCUGAAAUGAAAGGCAUCGGCGCCUCAAAAAUGACUUUCACCCUUCAAUCAAGUCUUGAUGCUGUAAGGCCCUGGAUGAAUCUACGACAGGCCAAUUGCGGGGACGGCGCCAAAGAAGGUACUCAAGAUUACUCGUUGGCUAGCCGGGAGGGGGUGCCAACUAAGCAAGCUUAG